AUGAAAUCUCCGCGGAAUCUGAGUAUUUUCGUAAUUUCGCCCAUCCCUCUUUGUAAAAACGGGUCUCCUCUUUGGUCCCCCCCACCCACUGGUCCCCCUUUCUCCUCUUCGACUUCAAUCCCUUCUUCGUGUCUCUACAUCGCUAGCUACUCCCCUUCAUCUGAUAGCAACCGUCGCCAGCCUUGGUUUCUUCCUCCGAUAUCGACUUCAACCCCGAUUUUCCAGCGACAGCAGAUGGAGCGGAAUUUCCCCAACAUUUUCGCCGAUGGAUACGGCUCCCGGCAAAGUCCACCACCUAUUGUUGCCUCGCCUCCACGAAGAAAGAAGUACAAGUCGGAAACAUCUUCGACUGAAACGGUCACAAAUGCUUCUACCUCGCAACAACCUCAAGUAGAAAAAAGUUAUAUGUCAAGCGACACAUCAUCAAGGUCGGUAAAGAAGAAGAAGACGAGCAUAAAGGCAUUGGUGAAGCGUCUAAUAGGCGUUGUGGCUGACUUAACUUCUAAAGUAGACAUUGUAUUGCAGAAAAAGAUAAACCAAAUACAUGGUUUAGUGAGGAGGAGGACAUGGUAA